AUGUCUUCCUCCGCUACACGAACAUUCGCCCGCGUGGCUCUCAAGACGAGACCAUCAGGAGCAGCUCUGCGAACAACUGCUCGCAACACAGCCUUUACCCUGCCUCGACAGGCAUUCCGCCAACAAUCGAGACGCGGAUACGCCUCUGAGCCAGCAGCGAAAUCCUCAUCUGGACUUUAUCUCGGUAUCGGCGCCCUUGCUCUUGCGGGUGGUGCUGGUUUCUACCUCCACUCCGGCGAAAGUCUGCUUAAGGGUUCAUCAGGCGAGACCGCAGGCAUCUUCACUCCAAAGCAAGAGGAUUACCAGAAAGUCUACGAUGAUAUCGCGAAGCUACUGGAAGAAAAGGACGAUUAUGAUGAUGGAAGCUAUGGACCAGUCUUGGUGAGAUUGGCAUGGCACGCCAGCGGAACCUACGACAAGGAGACUGGAACUGGCGGAAGCAAUGGUGCUACCAUGAGAUUCGCUCCUGAGGGUGACCACGGUGCCAAUGCAGGUCUGGUUGCUGCUCGCGAUUUCCUUGAGCCUGUCAAACAGAAGCACCCAUGGAUUUCCUACUCCGAUCUCUGGAUUCUUUCUGGCGUCUGCGCAAUUCAAGAGAUGCAAGGACCAGUCAUCCCAUAUCGACCUGGCAGACAUGACAAGGACAUCGUUGCUUGCACUCCUGAUGGACGACUUCCAGAUGCUUCCCAGGGAAACAAGCACCUGAGAGACAUCUUCUACCGAAUGGGCUUCAACGACCAAGAAAUUGUUGCUCUUUCUGGAGCCCACGCUUUGGGACGAUGCCACACGACACGCAGUGGGUACGAGGGACCAUGGACUUUCUCCCCAACGGUUGUUACCAACGAGUAUUAUAAACUCCUGUUGAACGAGAAGUGGAGCUGGAAGAAGUGGAAUGGUCCUAAACAGCUUGAGGACAAGACCACCAGGAGCUUGAUGAUGCUUCCAACUGAUAUGGCUAUCGUGACCGAUAAGACCUUCAAGCAAUGGGCCGAGAAGUACGCCAAGGAUGAAGAGCUCUUCUUCAAGGACUUUUCCAACGUCAUCGUCAAGCUUUUCGAACUCGGUGUUCCUUUCGCUGAGGGCUCUGAGAAGAUGACAUUGAAGCCAACCAACGUCUAA